CCGGACCCGAAAAACAGCAGGCGGAACAGGGGAAACCAGACCACCGCCCCGAGACCGCGACGACCCGACACCUCGUCCACCUCUCCUCUCCUCCUGACCUCCCUUUUCCGACUCCUACUGGCUAUCCACCGCCCGUACCCCCCGCGAUCAAGCCGACCAGAGCCGGCACCCGAUGGUGGUGGUGGCGGUGGGAGGCGGGGGCGGCGGCGGGUGGGGGACGUGGGAGGAGCUGGUGCUGGGCGGCGCCGUGCUACGCCACGGGGGCGCCGCGUGGGCCGCCGUCGCCGACGAGCUCCGGACCCGCUCCCCGUGCGCCUUCUCGCCCGAGGAAUGUGAAGCAAAAUUUGCAGAGAUACAGUCACGCUACUCCCCAUGCAAUGCUUGGUUUGAAGAGCUUCGCAAGCAGAGAGUUGCUGAACUGAAAAGGGAAUUGGAGAAGUCAGAAAAUUCUAUUGGAUCCCUCCAAUCUGUGAUUGAAAGCCUCAGCAAUAGCAAACAUGGUGACGGGAGUUCUGAAUGCCGCACCAGUCAUACUGAAUCAUGUUCGCACUCCGAAAAUAUAGCAGAUACUUCCUCAGGUAAAGAAGCAUCCAGAGACAGAUCAUCAGCAGCUAGUUUCACAGAGGAAGCAAGCAACAGUCAGAAAUCUCAGCAAGUGCAGCGGUGUGAUACUGAUUCAAUUCAAGCUAAUAAUCCAUCACCAGAUGAGCCAUAUCCCCAGGCCCAAGUUGAGAAGGUCUGCCCCAAAGAUAGCUUGCUUUGGGGUUCUAGAAAGCAAAGAGGAAGGAGAGCUAGAAGGACUCUUAUAAAAGGUGGUCAUAGUAGUAGAGAUGGUGACCCUACAUCUACAGCGUGCAUAGAAGAGAGGGAGGGUUCCUCUGAAGGCUGCAUGACGGACUUGAAAAGUCCAAAGGUAGAAUCUAUUGUGGUGAAGAAGGGUUUGAAAUCUCCAAAGGUAGAAUCUAGUGUGAUGAAUAAGGAUUUGAAAACUCCAAAUGUGGGAUCUGGUGUAAUGAAGAAGGGUUUGAAAACUCCAAAUGGAGAAUCUGAUGUGAUGAAGAAGGGCUUGAAAUCUCCCAAAGCAGAAUCGGAUGUUUUGAAGGGCUUGAAAACUCCCAAAGCAGAAUCUGAUGUCACGAAGAAGGGCUUGAAAACUCCCAAAGCAGAAUCUGAUGUCACGAAGAAGGGCUUGAAAACUCCUAAAGCAGAAUCUGAUUUCAUGAAGAAGGGCUUGAAAACUCCUAAAGCAGAAUCUGAUGUCAUGAAGAAGGGCUUGAAAACUCCAAAGGCAGAAUGUGGUCAGGCUGUGGUUGAGAAAAUUAAACAAAAGCUGACAGAGAUUUUGAGUUCUAUAUCCACUCAAGGUGACUGUUUAAUGUUGCAACGCCAACUUGAUACCCAGAGGAAAAGGGUUAGAUACAAGAAGAUGAUUCGCCGGCAUAUGGACUUCCGGACCCUUCACUCUAAGAUCAAGAGUGGCGCCAUCUCUUCCACCAAGGAGCUUCUGAGAGACAUUCUCAUUUUUGUGAAUAAUGUAAUAGCUUUCUACCCAAAGGCUACAUUGGAGCAUAUGGCUGCAGUUGAGCUUCGGGGCUUUGCAUGCAAAACUGUAAUGCAGAGUACAAGUUUGCUCUUGAAGAGCCAUGGAGAGACGGGAACAGCUGGUGCCUCUGUAGUGAAGCAGAAUGCUCGAGCCCUGCAGCCUGGACGUCCUGGCCCUGGUGAUGCAAGGGGAAGCAAGGUUGCUUCAAAGGAAGCUACUGCCAAGGAGGGUGAGGGCAAGAGCUCUCGCAGUGAUACAUCAUUAACAGCUAAUCAAAAGACUACCCAGAGAAAUGAGCCGGACAAGAAGAGAGGCGUUGGUCGGCCUCCAAAGAGUGGGCAGAAGACUGCUGGGGCACAGGAAGAUAACCCCAGUAAAGGCAGGAAGAGGGGUGCUGGUGCACAGGUAGAUAGCCCCAGCAAAGGCAGGAAGAGGAGUGCUGAGGAUAGCAUCAGCAAAGGCGGCAAGAAGAGCCGGCGGUGAAGCUACCAUCAGCUCGAUGCAAAACUGUGUACAGCUUUAACCAUAUCAUAGGCUAGUCCCUUCCAGACGGUGUUGUUUACCUGGCAAAAAACCUGUGGCCCAGUAAUCAAACUGAUGUAACAGGAAGGGAUAGCUGUUUUUGGUGUUUUUUUUUUGUAAGGGCUGAGGAGCGAGGAGUAAGGACAGUUAGAAGGGAACCCUUAUUUGCCUGUAGAGAUUUUCCGAGUUAGGCUAUACAUGUUUGACUGUGUAAUGUUGCAGUUUCCAGAUUAAAGGUAUCUGGACGAGCAGAACUGCACCAA